CUACUAACUUAAAUAUUUUGUUCCUCUCUAUCACAAGUCACAACCAUCCCCCUGCCUACACCUCACUCACUCUAUUUAUCCUCCUUUGCUCACUCCAAUAUAGUGUAGUCACCUUCAAUACAGAGAGAAGCAGUAGACAUUGCAAAGAAAAAUGGGUAAUUAUAGGUUUAGAUUAUCAGAUAUGGUACCAAAUGCUUGGUUUUACAAGCUCAAGGACAUGAGUACCAAUAGCAAAAAUAAAAGCAAAAGCCAAACAUCAUCAUCAUCUUCAAUAUUUUCCUCAAAAUCAUCAAAUCUUCAACAAAACCAUAACAACAACUUGUCAUGCCAAAGAAAAUCCUAUUACUUUUCAAGAAACCUUAGUCCUAAGAAUAAUCCAACUCCCAACAACAUUAAUAUCUCAGAGCCACCAAAAAAAUCCUCCAAGAAAAAGAGGAACACUACUAGGAAAUCAAUUUCUCCUAGGUUUGUUAAUUCAACUGUCUCAGCAGGCUGCAAUUGCCGUGCUUCUCUUGAAUCUGUUUUUACAAAAGACAAUUCCACUACUCCUGAGGAUUUCCCUAAUUCCCCUUUUUCAUCUUCUUCUAAUUUUUCUUCUGAACAAGAUUCCAUGAUUCUGUCUGCAUCUUGUCAUUGCAAAAUCCACAAUGAGUUUGACUCUGUUGAUCUUCCUCCAAUUUUGACCAAGCCGAAAAAACUUCAAGAUUCAACAAAUGGUACCAAGAAAAGGCAAGAAAACACAGAGCAUAAAUCUUUAACAGUGAAGAUAGUGAAAGAAGAACAGUGUACUAAUACAAGUCCAAAGAGAAGAGUUUCAGUUAGUUCAUCAAAUGGUGGGGUUAAGCUGAGAACAAAAUCUCCAAGAAUUGUAAGCAGAAAAAGUGUAUCUUCAAGUAAAAAAACAAGUGUUGGUGAAAGCUUUGCAGUGGUGAAAUCAUCUAAAGAUCCACAGAGAGAUUUUAAAGAAUCAAUGGUGGAGAUGAUAGUAGAGAAUAACAUAAGAACAUCUAAAGAUUUAGAACAACUUCUUGUUUGUUAUCUUUCGUUGAAUUCAGAUCAGUAUCAUGAUCUUAUCAUCAAGGUUUUCAAGCAAAUUUGGUUUGAUAUUACUGAUGUUCAGCUAAAAUAGGGGAAGUAUGGUCAGGAUGAGUCAUCUCGUGUUCACGCACGGACUACUCACAUGGAAUGUAAUGUAUGCAGUCUACCUCCACCCUAAAACCCAAGACUUAUAUAAUUUACGUAGAAAUAACAUUGUCGUCUUCAAGGCUUCCCUUCUUAUAUUAUUAAGCUAAAAUAUUUUUUGUAAAUUUAUUAAGUAUAGUUAUUAUGAUAAUGUGUAUAAGUAGAAAAUUCCAAUGUUUUAAUGGACAAUUUGUCUCAUUUCCUAUUGACAUGUUCUUAUACAUUUAUGGGAUUGUGUUGUCAUGGAAGUGAGCCAAAAUUGAGGGUAGAAAACUUUUGGAAUUUGUUGGAUAGUAGUAUUAAUGUCUAGUAAAUGAAAUUAGCUAGUAUUACUUUUACAUUCCAAUAUUUUGACUCUGACUUCCAUUAAAUCACAAUGCUUUUACUUUAUGUUAUGAUAACAUCAUUUCUAGUCAUUUCUAGCAACGAAGGUACAUUUAACAGAGGCGG